UCUGCUACACCGUUCACGUAUCGCACACAGCUUCUGUGUUUCUUCUCAGGCGUGUUAUCGCAACGACCUGUUCUGGGAUCCAACUUUGGUGUCGCCGUACACACGCUUGGCUGAUCACAAUCCAGGGGCCCCCGUGUGCGGGAAGGACCCCUACCAUGAAUAUAUUCAAGAGAAGCAGCAGCCGCAAGAAGGACAAGGGUCCGGUGGAGGUGGUGGCCGUCACUCUGUACGAUCCCUUUGACAGUUCAAACAACAAGUCAGUUGAGGCGGACAUCCCUGCAGUGCAGGGCUCGGCCCAGCUGGACAUGCCACUCAAAGACUCAGCAGCGACAAGCGACGAGCGGCAAAAGUCCAACGAGGAAAACGUCUGGGACGGCACUCGGAGCUAUACCGCCAAGCCCGAGCCCAAGAUUAGUCCCACAGUUGAGAAGUUCCUAGAAGAGGCCAAGAAGUCAUUCGAACAGAAAUGGAACAGUCCAUCUUCGAACACAGCAACCCUGGAUGACUUUGACCGAAUGAAAACCCUGGGAACAGGCUCAUUUGGUCGGGUGAUGCUAGUUCAGCACAAGCAGAACAAGGACUAUUUUGCCAUGAAGAUCCUCGACAAGCAAAAGGUUGUAAAAUUAAAACAAGUAGAGCAUACACUAAAUGAGAAGCGGAUAUUACAAGCUGUGGACUUCCCAUUCCUGGUGAGAUUAGCCUUCCACUUUAAGGACAAUUCAAACCUCUACAUGGUCCUGGAGUAUGUGCUUGGUGGUGAGAUGUUUUCACAUCUACGGAAAAGCGGCAGGUUUAGUGAACCGCAUGCACGAUUUUAUGGAGCACAGAUUGUGCUGGCGUUCCAGUACCUUCACUCACUAGACCUCAUCUAUCGGGACUUGAAACCAGAAAAUCUCCUCAUUGACAACACAGGAUACAUCAAGGUGACAGAUUUUGGCUUUGCAAAACGUGUCAAAGGAAGGACCUGGACUCUAUGUGGAACACCAGAGUACCUGGCUCCAGAAAUUAUUCUCAGCAAAGGAUACAACAAGGCAGUGGACUGGUGGGCCCUUGGUGUCUUGGUCUAUGAAAUGGCAGCUGGGUAUCCGCCCUUCUUUGCUGAUCAGCCCAUUCAGAUCUAUGAGAAGAUAGUCUCCGGGAAGGUGCGGUUUCCCUCGCACUUCUCCUCCGACCUGAAGGAUCUCCUGCGUAACCUACUGCAGGUGGACCUGACCAAACGUUUUGGUAACCUCAAGAAUGGCGUCAAUGACAUCAAGAAUCACAAGUGGUUUGCCACCACAGACUGGAUUGCCAUUUACAAGAAAGAUAUUGAGGCUCCAUUCAUCCCCAAGUGCAAGGGACCCGGUGACACAAGCAACUUUGAUGAAUAUGAAGAGGAGCCCCUACGGAUUUCGUCCACGGAAAAGUGUGCCAAGGAGUUUGCCGAUUUCUAGAGGUUGGGCAGUGACAUUCCCCACAACGGACACCAUGGGGGUCUUUUGGAACUCUCUUUUCUGGCUUCCUACUAAAGUUGUCAUCCUUUCUAAUAUCUAGAAGAGUCCAGACAUGGAAGGGUUUAACGUGCGUGUGUAUCCGUGUGUCUGAUCCUACAAGAUGUAGCGUCGAUAAAAAGUUGCGACUCGCAGUGUGUCCACCACAACGUCAUUUCUAGUUUGAACAUUAGUUUUAUAUAACUAUUAUGUACACGUAUAUAUCCCACGAGCUGCACUCUUUUCUGUAGAUACAAUCUGUAGUCUAACAUCUGCCUCUGUGUUGAUCUGUGGGUGGUUCACUGCCACAGCUUUACUUUCUUCUUUCAAUGAGUAUCAAACACUCAGUAUUAGCUACAUGUACAUACAAGUGUGUGCAUAUGCAAUACACAUGCAUGCGUAAAAGGCACCUGCAAGGAUACCACCAGCCCCAUAUUGAGCACUUAUUAGUUUUUGUAGUUGGGUUUCUGUUUCCUACAUGUUUAUUAAUAAUGUUAUAUGUCACAAAACGUAUGUUUUAAAAGUGGUAUCAGGCAGUUUCACUCGUACGUGCAGUGUGUGUGUGUGUGUGUGUGUGUGUUAAUGCAGCUUAAAGAAAAUGGAUUCAUUAAGUCCUUUUGUUUGGACAGACAGUAGCAAAACUCUCUCGGAGGUUUUAUUCCCUAUCUAGUCCAGCUCACAAUGAAUGCGGCAAUGCAAAGGAGUCCUUCUGGAGUGCUGACCUUGUGCUGUCAACCAUGUGUUGCUUGCUGAAUUUUAGCAUUGUAUAUUUGUUAACUUGUGGUUGAAGCUGUUCUUGUAUUAAAAGUUGUUAUACUAA